AUGAAGGCAGACGUGCUCGGUUUACUUUUGGCGCUAACGGGCCUUUUUCACGCCGGAUCACACGGGCAGGAGGACGCCGGUCUUCCGUGCAGCGAUAAAACCGUGGAGGACGUUGUGCAUUUGGUCCUUCUGUUACACAAUAAAGAUUUAAGUGAAGGAGGUCAGCUGGCUCUGUAUCAAAUCCUCGAGGCUUCGAAGGCUCAGAACGAUUCAGGCGACGUUAUAUCAGUACGUUUCACAGGGCGAGAGACGGAUUGUCCAGCAGGGGGCGACAAAGUCUGGGAUCAAUGUGACUACCUGCAAGAUCCCGCUAAGGCAAUACGCAACUGUCAAGCAAAGGUCCUGCUUAAAGAAACAAUGGAAGUCAUUUCAUCUCACUGUUCAGUGGAUCUACCUGUGGUUUCCAUGCAGAGGCCACCUUGCUUGGGCUGCCCUAUCAACAUUGACAUACACAGUGAGGACAUUAAGGAGCCCCUAAGUUAUUCGCUUUUAAAAGCCAACAUAAUGCAUAACCACCCACACUUCUUCAUCCUUAACACCAUUUACCAGGCAACAAGGCAGGUAAUUGCUGGAUUCAGGUAUCAACUAAAGUUUGACAUGCAAAAAAGUAACUGCACCAAAUCAGACUUCAAAGAGGUUACUGAGGAAUGUCACCCAGACCAGGAAGCUCCAAGUUUCAUCAACUGCAACUCCACUGUGGAUGUGGCACCCUGGAGACUUGAACUUCCAGAGACACAUGUGCAGUGUGCACCGGGACCUAUACAAAGUUUUAUGUUUAAACGUCCGCCUGGCUGGUCUCCCUUGAGGAGCGUCCACAACCUUGCGGUCCAUCAAGAGCCGUCAAACAAACCUCUAAAAACGGAAUCGUCGGAUGAAUCGAAUGAGAGCAAAGCCAUGCCCACCGCUACCGCCCCUCCUGCUGAUCCCGCAUCUCCCGCACGAGACCAGGAUCCAGUUUUAGACAGCGUUCCUUCCACUGCUCCCAUCACUGCUCCUAGCUGUCCCAGCAAGCCCUGGAAGGUUUUCCAACCUGUGUUCAGAGGGCCUCCCCCUCCUCCUUCCAAUAAAACAGAGAUAGGCUUAGGUGCUGCAGAACCGUCCGGAUGAGUGAGUGUAACCAUGUCUGUGGUGAUGCACGGCAUGCGGCAGUUCCCCAUUUGGGAUGCAAAAAUCAAAUGCAUUCUCCUGUUCUGUAAUUUUGAAAGUAUUCUUGGCAUUUUCUUGGGGAUAUUACACAUAAUAUUA